UCCUCAUACGCACUGUACAGUUUAAUCACAAUUUGUUUUCUCACAGACAGGGAGCAUCUAUAUCAGUUCUCAGGCUCACACAGACAGCAUUCCAUUACUUACCACUACUGGAAAAUGGAAGAUAAUAACUAUGCAUUUCACGUACAUACAACCGAGGAAAUAUGGUCUGGAUAUCUUUACAAAUCUCCCCCGGAGAAUCAAUUCAAGUCCCUGAAAUCAUGGAAAAAGAGGUUUUUUGUUCUUCUAAAGCACAGAGACAACACAUACCAACUUAAGUACUACAAAAACGAAGAGAAGGACAAACCACUGGGAGACAUUGACUUGACUAAGGUCUCAUAUGUGUCCUUGUCCCCCGAGAGGCAUCCUAUGUGCAAAUGGAUUGAAAAAAAUUUCAGAUGUUUUGCGUCAUGUGUGAUGUUUAUUAAAGUUACAGAAAGAGACUAUUUCCUUAUAGGAGAAAACAGUGGGGAGAUGAACGGAUGGUUCAGUGCUUUAUUUGGCAUCUUAAAUAAUCAUCUACACACUCUGUACCCUGAUCUCAAGAAAACUGAGUGGGGUCUACCAAAAUAUGAUACACAUGAGCUGCCAUCAUCUAUGACCCAUGACCCCAUCUAUGUUUCUCAGAUAAAACUGAAGAGUAAGGAGACUGAAAUAACUCACGAAGAUGACGACACAGAUGAAUAAAAACUCAGGCUUCAUCCUCGAUUCCAGCUUGAGCCCUAACUGUCACAACAGACCAACCGCCUUGAAACAAGACUUAAUUUAAUGUAUAUUUGUUUUGUUGGUUUAUUUUUUUUACAGUUGAAUAAUAUGCUGAAUUAAUUUCCAAAUAACCGUAAAGUUGAACAGGAUUCUUUAUAUGCUAAUCAUACAUUUUGUUUCACUUGGCUUGCACUAAAGCAAAGAAAAAUAAUUCAUGUUUUCACAAUAAGACUGCACUGGACACCUCUUGAACUGCUAAAGUCGUUUACAAAAAUCAUUUACAAAAAUACAUAUACUGUACUGAUUUAAGAUAAUGGCAGAAAAUUAGUGGCAUAUGUAAAUAUGUACUUAAUUAUACAUUUAAAAAUUACAUUGUUAACAAAUGUAUGUUCUUAUAAACGUCUUUAAUGGGAAAAGUAAAUCAAAUUAAAUGUAACUAUAUCAUGUUUUAAUGUGCACAUUGGAUUAAAAUAGAUUCCAUGUUCUUUCAAUGUAAUUUUGUCUUUUAAUAAAAGUUUUCUGGUAUCAGUUUAA